AUGGGACCCCUGGGCACUGUCAUCUUCUUGCUAUUGCUUUCAGGGACCACAAUGUCCACAACACCAGAAGAAUCGCUAUUUUCUCCGUGUGAUUCUCUGAUAUACGAGGACACGACUGUGACAAACCCCAUGGUUGGGUAUCAAUCAUUCAAGAAUGAAGCAUUUUUCAACAACAAACGUGUAUACAAAUAUAAUAGUGGGACUGAGAAGGCAAGGCCUGAGCCACAAUGGAAAGGUGUGGAAAAUUGGAAUCAGAUCAGCCAGGAUCAGAAAGAAAGAGGAAUAUUUGCCCUGAAGAAUGUGGAACAAAUCAGAAAUGCCUCUGGAGAUAGAGGUAUCUACAUCUUUAAGGGAAUUUUUGGCUGUCAAGUUUGUGAUGAUAAUGCCGUCAGAGUGGCCUGGAUUCAAUCUGGCAAUGGAAGGAAACUCGUUAGAUUCAACACCACCACAGAGGUCUGGGAUGUACUGAAUCCUCAAGGUGAAAUGCUGAAAAAGAAUUGGGAGGCAGACCCAACGGCUCCAGGUCGGGUCAUGUCCUAUCUGAAAGAAGACUGUACUGAAAAACUCCAUAAAUACAAGAAUUAUAGGAACACUAACUAG